AUGGUGCAAUGCCGCAGUGUUUUGAUUAUAAUUUUCUAUUUUUUAAGUUUAUGCCAUCAUCACUGUCGUGCGGCAAAAAUCUUGGGCAUAUUUCCAACACCUGGAAAAAGUCAUUAUAUUUUGGAAAGUACCCUGAUGAAGGCCUUGGUAGAUGCCGGUCAUGAUGUUACCAUCGUAAGUCCGUUCUAUGAAGAAUACCAAUUUAAUGGUAACGGCAGCUAUAGGCAAAUAAUUUUAACGGGGUUUUUGGAAGAACAAACAGAAAGACGAAAAGCCAUCAACCUCUUCGAAAAAUCAAGCAUCAACCCUCUAGUGGCCAUCUACGUGAUGAACAAAAUCGGCCUGAAACAAACCGAAAACACGCUAAAACACGAAAGUUUUCAGCAGCUAAUUCAUUCAACAGAAAAAUUCGACGCUGUAAUAGUUGGUCAGUUCAUGAAUGACGCCCUAAAAGCCAUGGCCCAUCAUUUCGGCGGCCACUUGAUACUUUUCAGUUCUGUUGGUACCAGUACUUGGGUGAACCAUUUAGUGGGAAACCCUUCAUUGCCCUCGUACACUCCUGAAAUGAUUCUCAGCUAUCCAGCAAAAAUGACUUAUGUGCAACGAAUGAAAAAUGCUUUCUUUAAUGCUUUGUACAACAUAAAUCAAAUAGUAGUAUUUUAUCCCGAACAAAAUAACUUAUUGAAAAAGUACGUACCUAAUCCUAUUGACUUAAAUGAUGCUUUGUUUAAUGUAUCUUUGGUACUCUUGAAUACACAUGAAAGUAUUGGAUAUCCUGCUUCAACUGUACCAUGUAUGAGACAGAUUGGAGGCUAUCAUGUGAAGCCACCAAAAAAGCUUCCAAAAAAUCUACAAGACUACUUAGAUUCAGCUGAAAAUGGUGUAAUUUAUUUCAGCUUAGGAUCAAACGUAAAUAGCAGUCAUUUACCUAUGGAAAAGAAACUUGCCAUUGUAGAGGCGUUUUCCAAUUUAAAGGAAAGCAUUUUGUGGAAAUUUGAGGAUGAUAGUUUUAGUAAAAAUUUGCCGAAAAAUGUUAAAGUGCAAUCGUGGUUUCCACAACAAGACAUAUUAGCUCAUCCCAAUUUAAAACUUUUUAUAACUCAUGGAGGCUUUGCUAGUACAAUAGAAACAGUACACUAUGGAAUACCAAUAAUAGCAAUUCCAAUAUUUGGUGACCAAAAAAUGAAUGCUGUUUAUGCCGAAUCGAAACAGUUUGGCAAAAUUCUUCAAUGGCAAGACAUUACCGGAGAAAAGUUUUUCAAUUUGAUAAGAGAAGUUAUUGAUAAUCCAAUAUACAAAUCAAAUGCUGAAAAGAAAUCACUUCUUCUGAGAGACCGUGAAGUACCACCCUUGAAAUCAGCAGUAUAUUGGAUCGAAUAUGUAUUAAAACACAAUGGAGCUCCGCAUUUAAGGGUCGUUUCCUUGGAGCUCACUUGGUACCAAUACUAUUUAUUAGAUGUCUAUGUGCCUAUAAUUUUAAGUAUUUACUUAUUAAAGCUAGUUAUCUUUAGAAUAUUUUGUAAAAAAUUGGAAAAAAUUAAGAUGCUAUAA